AACCGAUCCAACUCAACAAUCCAAUUCCAACGAGCCCCGACUCCAGUCCGUUCCCCUGCUCGGCUUCGGAUCCUCCCAUUUCCCCUACAGCCGGCGGCGAGAAAUCGAAUCGAGCGCGAGCAGCCGGCGGCGAUGGCGUGGCGUGGCAUCCUGUCCCGGAGCGUGAAGGAGAUCCGCGUCCUCUUCUGCCAGUCCUCCCCGGCCAGCGCCGCCGCCAGGGAGUUCGUGAAGAAGAACUACGGGGAUAUCAAGUCGCGCAACCCCUCGCUCCCCUUCCUCGUGCGUGAGUGCUCCGGCGUCCAGCCCCAGCUCUGGGCGCGAUACGAAAUGGGUGUGGAGAGAUGCGUAAACUUGGAUGGCCUGACGGAAGCGCAGAUUGAUAAGAAGCUGGAGGAGCUCGCCAAGGCGGGAGAGUCUGCCAAAGCCAAGUAAUAUUGAAGGUCUGACAAUCUCUCUCCAUUAAUGUUCACAAAUAAGUGAAACUUUAGCAGUGGGUUUCUUGCUGUCAUGACUUCGGUGCUAAUACUGAAAUGAAGCCUUUUUUUUAGACCGAGUGAAAUGAAGUCUUGGGUUUGUAUAACUUGAUGCGAGAAAGACUGUUCACUUGUUUGCUACGCAUUUUUCUUGAGUUUAUGCAUAUUUCAUUGGUUCACCA